GGCCAACGUGUGAAGCCGGCGUAUUAGAGCAAUUUCGGUUUCGGUGUCGGACAUCUUCACAUUGGCUCUGACAGAAAGGAACUAGUAUAAUAACCAACUUAACCGACCAACGUUGGUACCAACGUUGGGGCCAACGUGUGGAGCCGGCGUAAGUAGAACGUUACGUUAGGUCCGAGAAAUAUAUUAUGGAAAUUUGGCAACGUCGACUGAGGCGGUUGUGUUAUAUGUUGUACAUUUCUGACAGGUUGUGUAUUGUGUGAUUAUUGAAUUGUUUGCCUUUUCUCAAUUUUCCACUGCAAUUUUUUAAAAUUUCUAAUAUAUUCUAUUGUCCAUAUACCUCUUAAAAGUCAAUACGUUUGUAGAAUUACAUUGUUAUUUGAAGUUUAUACUGUGGAAUCUAUUUUUUGGACUGCUUAAACAAUGUUAUUGAUCAGUGUUUAAUGAAUCUAGGAAUAGUUUAAAUAUUGUGAUUCAUACAUUUUUUACUCGAAUUAACAACGGAAAAUGUCCAGUAACAGCAUGGAAAAUCUAGCUGGCGACGUACAGGAAUAUGAUGGGUCUGCAAAUAUGUGCCUAGAAUUAGCCUUAGAAGGGGAACGACUCUGUAAAGCAGGUGAUUGUAAGGCAGGAGUUGCAUUUUUCCAAGCAGCUAUUCAGGCAGGCACUGAUGAUCUCAGGACUUUGAGUGCUAUAUACAGUCAGCUAGGGAAUGCUUAUUUCUACCUAGGUGACUAUGGAAAAGCUAUGCAGUAUCACAAACAUGAUUUGACACUAGCAAGAACAAUGGGCGACAAAUUAGGAGAGGCAAAGUCAUCAGGAAAUCUUGGCAACACCUUGAAAGUGAUGGGGCGUUUCGAUGAAGCAGUCGUGUGUUGCAAAAGGCAUCUGGAACUGUCCAGGGAACUGGGUGAUAAGUUGAGUGAAGGGCGAGCUUUGUACAAUUUGGGCAAUGUAUACCACGCCAAAGGUAAACAUAUUGGUCGAGUGGGUCAAAAGGACCCUGGAGAGUUUUCAGAGGAUGUUAAAGCUUGUUUACAACAAGCAGUUACAUAUUAUGAAGAAAACCUAGCAUUGAUGCAAGAAUUAGGCGAUGUAGCAGCACAAGGCAGAGCAUGUGGUAACCUAGGGAAUACCUUUUAUUUAUUAGGUGAUUUUGCGCAGGCAAUUCACUACCAUGAGGAACGUUUGUCAAUAGCAAGACAGUUUGGGGAUAAAGCAGCCGAAAGAAGAGCACAUAGCAAUUUAGGAAAUUCUCACAUAUUCAUGGGCCAGUUUGAAGAUGCAGCACAUCACUAUAAGCGUACCUUGGCACUGGCUCAAGAACUGGGCGACCAAGCAAUCGAAGCACAAGCAUGUUAUAGUUUGGGUAACACGUACACGUUACUUCGAGAUUAUGAAACAGCCAUUGAAUACCACUUGCGCCACCUGUUGAUAGCCCAAAACCUGAACGAUCGAGUUGGCGAAGGCAGGGCUUGUUGGUCGUUAGGAAAUGCUCAUGCUUCGUUAGGAAAUCAUGAGAAAGCUUUGAAUUUUGCAAAGAAGCAUUUGGAAAUCAGCAAAGAGUUGAAUGACCCAAUGGGGGAAGCGACCUCCAAAAUGAACAUUUCAGACCUAAAGAAAAUUCUGAAUAUGCCAGAAAGUCCAGAAGAAUCUCCAGAUACACCCACAUCGAAAUCCUCAAAGUCGGAUUCUUUGAACAGUCUUGGCUCUCAACAGUUGCAUAGGGUGAGACGUGAAAGCAUGGAACAGCUUAGUCUUAUUAAGAUGACACCAGACGGAAAACGUCCAACACUCUCAUUGCCGCCCGGAAAACCGACCACUCCGAACAAGAACGAAGACGACGACUCGUUCUUCGACCUCCUCUCGCGAUUCCAGUCGAAGAGGAUGGACGACCAACGGUGCUCCCUCAAUUUAGAUAACAAAGAGAAUACCAAUAUGGCCAAUCUGCAGCUGAACAACGAAACUCCUGACGAUCUGAUCGAUUUGAUUGCUGGUAUGCAGAGUAAGAGGAUGGACGAACAGAGGGUUUCCUUGCCUCAUCUUCCAGGUCUCCAAACGACCUCCCUCCGCCGUCUUACAGCCACAAACUCGAACGCGAACUCCAUCCCGGACUGACAACUUCCUGGAACAGUUGGCGCGAUGUCAGAGCUCGCGACUGGAGGACCAGCGCUCGCCAUUGCCUGCUCCCGUCGCGGCAGUGGUCGACGCCGAGAACGAUGCGCCGCCUCCACGAACCGGAAAUGCUGGGGGCGGAGCCACCGUACCUGAUGAGGACUUCUUCUCGCUCAUCAUGCGCUUUCAAUCGGGCAGGAUGGACGACCAACGGGCUGCCGUGCCAAGGAUCGACCCCAGGAUCGCAAAUGGCAAUAUUCCUCAUCCACCAGAUGCUAUGAAUAACAAUAUGAAGAGUUCGUCCAGUAAAAAGAAAAAAUAAUCUCCCUUUUACUCAGUAGUUCAAUGUACACACCAAUUCAUAUUUUUCAAGUGUUCCAAAGGAUUAUAUGUUGUUCGGCUCAUAUCGGCCGCAAGCUUAUAAACUGUCCAGUUUUGCAAAGUUGUUAGUUGUGGUUUACCAAUAAAAAUGUUAAAUUUAUCCAGGUUAAAACUGUUUUGUAAAAUAUAUCUUACGACUGAACUUAGUAUUAUCUCCCGUGGAUAUUAUUAUAGUGUUGAUAACAUGGUGCAUCACCUACAGCUCACUACAAUUUAAACAGGGCUAGCAACAAAAAUACUACUUUUAGAAAUUUGCGUAGUGUAUUCAUUAGAAAAAACAAAAUAUUCCAUCAUGAAUAAAAAAUAAUUUACACAUGGACUGAACUGAAGGUGAUUUAACAUGUAUAGUAUAGUAGUACAAAGUUUGAAAGAAUUUCUAGCAGAUAUUUUGUAAUACGUGUGGUACAGAGGGAUUUUUUGAUUACCAUUGUUCUAACAAAAACUACCAUGAUAAUAUUGUAUUCUCUAUUUUGUGCUUCUCAAAACGUAUGACGAUCGUGAUAAUUUUUAAUCCCAGAAAGACGCUUUGUGUCAUACAACACGAGAAUCUAUGUCACUCAUUCCUGUCGGCAUGUCCGUCUUCGGCGUCUCUACUCAACAUAUUAAACUCCAUGGCGGUCCGCAUGAACCGCUUUGCAUUUAAUUUCCUACUAAAUCUACACACAACUUUGACAAAAACAAACAAGAUUCCAGUGAAAAUGCACAUAUUUAAAAUAAGUUAUGAUGUAGGGAUACAAAAUAUAAAAUAAUUUCAUUUAUUUAUGACUUGUUCCGAAACAGUCAAGGCAAAAGUGGGGAUUUCCUUCACAGCUGUCACAAUAUGUAGUAGCUUUUGGAAUUUUAUUUUUUUGUACUUCACCCCUUAUUUUUCAUUAUAACUUUUUGUACAAUACCGUCUGACUUCAUGUGAUCUUCCUUCUUUUUUUUCAGUCGUCUUGUGUCAGCUUUUGACGUAGACGGUAGAUUAGACACAUUAUUUGUUGGAAACACAACUUUGGCACUUUUGCCUGAUGGACAUUUUUCUAACAUUUUGCUUGACGUUUAACGUGUUAAUUUCUUAAGAACGGUGCAAUGGUGACGGAGUAUGGUCAAAAAAAUGAAGGAAUACCAAAACAGCUUCAAACUGUAUUUAUGGGAUGAUUGGUUUCUGAAAAAUUGUGGCUUCAUUUUUAUGUUUAAACAUUUUGAGAUUUAAUCAGACUCAUUUUUCCGUUUGAAGAAGCUAUUAUGAUCUUGCUAUUUUAUAGUAUUAUGCAAAUCUGUCAUCUUAUUGAAGUUAUGUUAAGGACAUAGAAAAGGGCCAUAAGUUACAGGUCUAAUGUAAUGAUAAUAUAUGAUGAUAAUCUCCUGCCUUCUGUCCAGUCAAAGUAUUUUCGUCUGUUCUCAUCUCUUCUGCAGCUAAUAUAGAAUCCUGGUAAUACAAUCCCACUGCACCAUCACAGUCAAUACCUAUGUUUCCAAAGAAUUCUAACAGGCCCUGACAUAGACUCCAUUUAGCUUUUAUUAAUACUCAUUUAAAUAGUAUUGAACUUGAAUUUGUCAUAUUUUUAUCAAAUAUUAUUUUAGUCUUAUCCUAACAAACUGCCACAUUUAAAUAUCUAACUUGGUAUACUUAGACCUUAGAUUAAGUUUUUAUAUUUGUAUAUUUUAAAGAUUAUAUUUAGAAAAUAUAGAUUUUUAUAUUUUAUUUAUGAAAGAUGUAAGAUUUUAUCUUGAAUUUAGU